GUCGCGGCAUCUCAUUCAAAUUCGUUAAGGUUGCAGAUGCCGGAAAAACCAAAUGGGUGAUUAGAGAGAAAGACAGUGGUGUUUGUGCGUUGUAACAGCGACUUUUCCGAUUAUAAAGAGGCGCCCGUAGCCGUCUAGAACCAUUGAUCCAUCAUAACUAAAAGCGAAAUGGUGCAUUUAGCUACUGAAAAAAAGAACGAAGAGGUGGCACCCAAAACCCCCAGGCAACUCAAACUGGAUGGCCACGUUGGGUUUGACACUCUGCCGGAUCAACUGGUCAACAAAAGCGUUCAGAACGGCUUUAGUUUCAACAUCCUUUGCAUUGGGGAAACUGCUCUCGGGAAAUCAACUCUAAUGGACACGCUCUUUAAUACCAGUUUUGGGUCCGUGUGCAGUCCCCACAGCUUACCCAACGUGAAGCUGAAGGCGAGCACAUACGAACUUCAGGAGAGUAACGUCCGCCUAAAACUGACCAUAUGCGACACGAUCGGAUACGGGGAUCAGGUGAACAAGGGAGACAGCUACAAGGCUCUGCUGGAGUAUGUGGAUAGCCAGUUCGAGGCGUAUUUGCAGGAGGAGCUGAAGAUCCAACGCGCAAUGUCUAGUGCUCAUGAUGGACGCGUCCAUGCCUGCUUGUACUUCAUUUGCCCCACUGGUCAUGGACUGAAAGCAAUGGAUUUGGUGUGCAUGAAGCAGCUGGAUACAAGGGUGAACAUCAUUCCCGUGAUUGCUAAGGCAGACACCAUCUCCAAGGCGGAGCUAUCUGGUUUCAAAAAGCGGAUAAUGGACGAACUGCACCGAAACAAAGUAAGCAUUUACCAGUUUCCAACGGACGAUGAAACGGUAGCCGAUACCAACGCCUCGAUGAAUGACCAUGUGCCCUUUGCUGUCGUGGGUAGCACGGAGUUCGUUAAGGUAGCUGGAAAACAUGUCCGUGCUCGGCAGUAUCCUUGGGGAGCGGUGUUAAUAGAGAACGAGACGCACUGCGAUUUUGUAAAGCUGCGUGAGAUGCUCAUCCGUACCAAUAUGGAAGAUCUGCGCGAGUUGACUCAUACACGCCACUAUGAACUCUACCGACAGCGGCGCCUGCAGCAGAUGGGUUUUGUAGACGUAGAUAGCAACAACCAACCUGUGUCCUUCCAGCAGACCUUUGAAUCGAAACGAUCAGACCACCUGGCCUGCUUGCAGGCCAAGGAGGAGGAAGUGCGUCAAAUGUUCGUGCAGCGGGUCAAGCAGAAGGAAAACGAACUGAAGGAGACUGAAAAGGAUCUUCACACCAAGUUUGAGCGGUUAAAACGAGAGCACCUGGAGGAGAAAACUCAACUGGAGGAAGCACGUCGCCAGUUAGAGGAGGAGUGCCAGGAGCUACAGCGGCGUAGGUUGCAGCUAGCCAGUGGUACGCACACCCUCACCUUGGGGAGGGGCAAGAAGAAGUAAUAUAUUCUUAGGUUUUUUCACUUUGAGAAUUCAAUCGAAUAAAAAAAAAAUCUCGA